UCAACUUUUCCGGUGUGUGCUAGUGUUUAGCAAAAUGGUCCAGAGUGAAAAUGUGCAAAGUUAACACAGGUCUAUAAUGGAACAACUUGUUUUUGUUUUGUUUUUACUGUAGCUAUUAACCCGAUAGUGAUACGCCACGCACGAAGUCUAGUGUGGCUAACUGUUGGUUGUCAUUCUACGAUAAAUUCACGAACGUAAUGCUAGCUAAACUCAAAGAUUCCCAAAUGUCGUGCACAACCAACUCUAUAGAAUGGGUCGAGUCCACCGGGCAGGUCGUUAUCAUAGAAGGCUCCUUGCGGGCUGACGGCAUCGACACAGCAGUGAUUCCACCAAUCCAGAAGUUGCUGGUCGGUAAUGGAGAGGCUGCGGAAGGCUUUUGCUGUGACGAGUGUCUCACUCUCUUCCAAAACCAGAGCGACUUGCUCAAGGCCGGCGGACCGUCCUUUAUCCUCGACUUUCCCACAAGUGUGGGCAUCCCCGAGAGAGCACUUUGCACUUUGCCCUACGGCCUAACGGUGGGCCGCUCCGGUAUUCCCGGCGCAGGUGUCGGGGUCAUCAAUCACGGGCCCCCUCUCGCUCCUGGGAUGCAUUUCGGGCCGUUUGAGGGUGUGGUGACGAGUGUGGAGAACGUAGUCGCAAGUGACUUCUCCUGGGAGAUUUACAAAGGACAAGAUGUUUAUGAGUACAUUGAUGCCUCUUCAGAAACUCUGUCAAACUGGAUGAGGUAUGUGAACCGUGCUCGCAGCAGGGACGAGAGCAAUCUGCUGGCUGUGCAGUACAAAGGCAGCAUCCUGUACCACUGCCGCCGCAUCGUUCACGCCGGAGACGAGCUCCUGGUGUGGCCCAGCGACAAGAUGCUCGCAAGAUUUAGCGACGCCUGGACACAAAUGUGGCUGACCAAGGUCGAGAGUGCAGCAGAGAGCAUCUCCUCUGCGGCAUCUGAGGUCUUCGAAUGCGUGCAGUGUAAGCUGACGUUCACCACCGAGGCCUUCCUCCAGCGGCACGUGGACUGCUUCCACUCAAAUCAGCUGCUGAAAUCCAACCCUGACGAAACCGAGGCAGAGAAUCACACCGCAGACGCUGAGGUUUCCUCUCCCGCCAAAACGCCGCUCCCAGACGACGCAAUCGCGUCAGUCGCCUGCUCCGACUGCGGUCGAACUUUCAAGAAGGCGUGGCACCUGAAGAGGCACAAGCUGUGCGUACACGGCAACAGGGGCCCCUACUGCUGCCGGCUUUGCCGGCGUAGCUUCAGUCAGGCGUCGGCUUUUAUCCGACACCAGAUUGUUCACAGGAAGUCCGGCGUAACGAAAGAGGGGACAAAUGUGUCAGAAAACGCUGAGCAGGUUGAUGGGUCCCAAAAAGACGCUUCCAACACGACGGAUGUAACUGCAAGCGAGCAGCUGAGUGAGGCAGGAGAGGAGGAAGCGGGCAAGCAGCAUCAUGUUUGCUCCGAGUGUGGGAAAAAUUUCUGUAACCAAAUGUCUCUCAAGAAGCACACGAUGCUGGUGCACGACAUGUUUCGUCCGUACGUGUGCACUGUGUGCAAACGCUGCUUUGGCCAGUACAGCGACCUCACCCGCCACCUGCAACGUCACCGUACACGAUGCAAAGUCCGUCCGAGAUCGUCCCGUCCGUCCGGUGUGCCUGACGAAAUGCCGUUUAGCUGUGGCGAGUGUUCAGUGGCUUUCUCCACCGUGGACCUCCUCCAGCUGCACAUCGGCGCCAGUCACUCGGAGGAGAGCCGAGAGGUUGACGAUCCCGAUUCCGUGCCGCAACCCCCUGAGGGGCCUGUCACGAGGCUUCCCCGUGUGCGGCCACGGCGUCACGUCUCUAAAUCGAAAAUUUCCUCCAUCAUGCAGCUCAUCGCUCCCAAGCGAAAAGCAAGCGCUGAGAGCGGCAAUAAGCGCUUCCGUUGUAACCGCUGCAAUCAGAGCUACGCCGAUCCAGAUGAGCUGCGGGUGCACAAGUGCAAAGAGCAGGGCCACGCGUGCACACACUGCGGGAUGACCUUCGACAAGUCUGUCGUCCUGCGCCGCUGUGAGCACUGCAGCAAAGUAUUCGGCUCUGGAGGUCUGAAGCAGCACCAGCACACCAAUGCUUGCAGGAAGUACCACUGCGGCACCGAGCUCUUCUCCUGUGCCCACUGCCAGUUCUCCUUCACCACCAAGAGUUUCCUGGCCAAGCACGUUCGCAGGCAUCACCCAGCGGAGUACGUGGCCCACAGUCCGUCGGAUCAGCCGGAGGUUGAGCAGGAGCCCAAGUUGUUUACGUGCCCCCACUGUGAUGAAGGCUACACCGAUGCCAAAGCCUUUAAAAGCCACUCCUGCUCCCUACAGGUGAAGGUGCUCUACUUCUGCGCCGACUGCGGCAAGGGCUUUGGCAACCACUACACCCUCAAGCAGCACCAGCGCACGCACACGGGCGAGAAGCCCUAUUGCUGCCCCCACUGCGCCAAGGGCUUCGCUCACUCGGGCCAGCUCACCGUCCACCUGCGCACGCACACCGGAGAGAAGCCCUACUUGUGCACGCACUGCGGCGAGAGCUUCCGCCAGUCGGGCGACCUGAAGCGGCACGAGCGGAAGCACACGGGCGUGCGGCCCUACACGUGCGAGCAAUGCUGCAAGAGCUUCAGCCGCUUGCAGAGCCUCAAGGCGCACCGGAUGCUGCACAUGGGACAGCGGAUAUUUACGUGCGGCUUGUGUGAAAAGAGCUUCUCGAGGAACUAUCAUCUCCGCAGGCACCACCGGAAGAAUCACACGUAAGAGACUACACAUCCUAUUUAGUAUGAUCAAUCAGCCUUUGUCCAGAUCCGUUGUUAUUUUGGUGAUCAGGAAUUGAGGUCAGUGCACAUACGUUGUUUGCUAUCUUAAGCAGUGAUUUCCAACUUGCCAAAUUAUGCCACGAGUGAUCACAAGCAGAUGUGCACAUGCAGCAGGAGAUUAUCCAGUUUCGAGUAGGUUUUGCGUAUUGUAGGUACAGUAAGUGGAUGCACUUUAUCUACGUACAUUCCACAGUCUUGUGGAACAGCAUUUAAUUGUUCUGUCUGUCACUACAUCAGUUACAUCCACACAGACGCUGCUAUCAGGUAGCAUAAUACUGUUGCACACUUUUAAUUUAAAAAAAAAAAAAGUCAUCUUAGUUGGUAUUUCAAGAGCUGUAAUUGACAAUAGGCUCAAUCAUUUUGAAUGUCAGUAGUAUGUAAAAUAUUUAGUUCAUUUUUGACCAAAUGGCCGUCCUUUAUGCACAGUUGAAAUAAAAACAAGCACUUUGUCCA